CUGUGUUUGGACUCAAAGCAUCCAUGCGGACAACUGCGGUGCUCUGCUCUGGUGCUUAGGAGUACCUGGCUCAUCUCUCAUUCAUAGCAAGACUGUCAUUAGUGGCUUUGGACACAGCUUUCCAAAGGAUGUACGGACAAACCCAACAUAGAGGGACCUCGUAUUGCCACCAUAGGCACUUGGGCACACUUGGCACUGCCAUUCUGAGGCAAUGGGAGGAUGAGGAGGAAGAAGAGCAUGUUACAUGGUCUGCAGAACAUUCCACUUUUAGUUGCUGCUCUAGAGGGUGCCAUGAUGUCCCAAAUUACAUCAUUACAGAAAGCUGUCAGGAUGAGAGUAGCUGGCAAUGGGCUGUCACUGACUCUCAAUCGGUGGCCUUCCAUCAUCAGAUAGUGAAUACCCAGAACCAACUUGAUAUAGGGCAGGAAUUUACUGGAAUAUGGAUGGUUGACAAUCCCCCACAUCAGCCCGUGAGGGGAAACUCCUUUUAUCACUCGUUUAACAAUUCUUUUGGGGACCAAGGAGUACAGGGUUAUGGCUGUGUGUGUUUUCCCGGACCAAGCCUGCCUGGAAGGUGGGGAGGUUACCCUCUUUUCAGUCAUGGACUGAAGAAGACAUUUGUUGUUGGACUUGAGGUGGACAUUGUUGAAGAGGUAGCCUUCGAAGACACAGAAAUGCUUGAAGUAAUGCCAGAGGGAAUGCUUCCUAAUGAUAUAGAGGAACCCAUUUUAGUGCACAGUGACCAGUUGUUCCUUUCAUAAACCAGCAUCCAAUCACAAAUUAAAAUGACUUAGAUUAUCUGCCUUGUAGUAUGUUUACCUGUAUAUUAUGCUAUUUUAUCAAUUGGACAUCAAGUUGUUCAAAUGUCACUUGGUAAUUGUCUUUUUAACUGUUAACAUUUCAAUGUAUUUAGUUUAAU